CGUGUAUAUAAACAGAUUCCUUUCGGUGUUUGCUACUUGCUUCGAAGACGCACAGCACGAUGAACACUAAGGUCCUUUUCUUCCUGGGUCUGCUGGCCGUGGUCGCUGCUGAUAAGCUUCCGGCCUUCUCCUAUGGAGCUCCUCAGGUCUCCGAGGAGGCGUCCGAGGAGUUCGAACCCGCCAAGUACGACUUCGACUGGGCCGUGAAGGACGACGACUCCGGCAACGACUUCGGCCACCAGGAGUCCCGCGACGGCGACGACACCCAGGGGUCGUACUACGUGCAGCUCCCCGACGGCCGCCUGCAGAAGGUCACCUACUACGUGGACGGCGACGACGGCUACGUGGCUGAGGUCACCUACGAGGGCGAGGCUCAGUACCCCGAGUCGCAGGAGUCUCAGGAGGCGCCCGUGUACGCCCCUCCCAGGCCCUCCUACGGGUACCCUCAGUAAAGACGCCCUUCGUGUAAAUCUCCAGCCGCAGACAACGACAUGAUUUCGUCUAUUUCACCCGGUCACUGAAGGCCAUAUAUUUAUGUGAUAAUAUAUUUUUGAUACAGCAA